UCCGCCCCUCUUCCUGUCCGCGUCAUUUGGUUUCCUAGCAACUGGCGGCCUCGGCGGUAAUUCGAACAGCAGAGGCCAUAAUGAAGCGGGGAGGGAGUUCGCAGCUGAAAGAGGUCCUAUGCGCUCUGUGCCGGCUAGUUUCUGCUUGCGGUGUUGGGCUCAACCCUGAGACGUUUAGGAGGGCUAAGUUUGACCGACCGGAAACGGUGGCAGAGUUUUGGAAUUUGCUAUACUGCCUGCUUACGAAGAUCUACCAAGUGAGAUAUGGUGCAUCAGUCACAAUAGAUGAAACUGAAAACUUAGGAAACAGAAUUUCCUAUGUAAAAACUGUACUGCGGCAUCAAGGAUAUGGAAGAUCAGCCUUCUACCAGUUACCCUUGGAUGGGUCUCAGGGCAGUAGGGAGUUACUGCUGUCAUUUUCUUGGCUCUUACUCCAAAUGAAGCCUCUAGAGCGAAUCCUUCAGAUGAACAGGGCCGCAGUAGGGGAUGAGAUAUCUGUUUGUACGUGUUCAUGCAAACUAGACCUAAAAGAAAACCAAGAUUCAAAAUCUCUUGUCGGUCGAGAAGUGGAUGUUCGAUAUUUGCAAUGGCUGAAUGGAAAAUUACGGUUUUGCUGGAGAACCCUUCAUGCAGUUCAUCAGGAGAAAUGCUGUCUUCUACAUAAGAUUCAUUUGUACACACAAGGCUGUCAUGUUGAUCAGAGUGUCAGUCAUUUGUCUGUAUUGGAAACCGACCUUGUGCGGCAUCCUGAUAACUACACUAAGGUGCUGGAAUCUGAAAAUACAAACUUGGAAGCAUAUGUGCAAUGGAAGCACCUUGAACCAGUGUACUGGCAGUGGAUGGUGAGUGUAUUGGAAUCCACUUAUGAAAACGAACAAGUACUCUCUAUGCAAGAUCAAGAUCACAAAAGGUAUGAAACUUCACAGUGGAGUAACAAUCUUAAGCAUGAUAUCGACAAGUUAAACGGUGACUUGGAAGGAAUAUCCAGGAAUCUUCAAGAACUCUUACAACGGCGACAGUCUUCUUGGAAUGAGCAGAUCAAAGAAAUAGAAAAGAAUGUCACUGAAAAGGAACAGCGCUUGAUGUUUAAGAAAAUAAAGCAAGAAGUACAAAAGAACACAGAGGAUGUUAAAUCCCAGAAUGCACAAGCCAGAGAUAUGCAUGGGCCAUUCAGGCUGGUCUUUAGAGAAGGUAGCGGCACUCAGAAUGCCUCUGUUAACAAGAACUUUUACACAAGAGCUUUCUAUGCUACGGAGCUGAGUAAAGAACUACAAAAAGCUUGCACUGAACUGGAAGCAGAGUUUCAAAGGCUGCAAGAUGAAUGCAGAUGCAAAUUGGAAAAAAUUUCUGAAGAAUUUGAAGGAGUCAUUUGUAUUCCUCCUGCUAAGGGCUGAUUGCCCAAAACUUUACUAUAUAUAUAUAUAUUAUAAUUUGUGUGCUUGGGAAAUGAAAAUGGCAUCUAGUGCAACUCACUAAAAAGUCUCAUUGGUAUUUAGUGGACUUGGCACACUAACAGCACAGCAACUCUGAUACUGAUGGAUCCACCAAUUGAAAAAACGUUUAGGGGUUUAUUUUCUAUAAGCCUGGGGAUCCCUUGCACUUCUGUUUUAUUGAACCAUGUACAGUGACUGAGCAGCCCUGUAUUUACACCUGCACAGGUAUUAAGUAGAUUUAUAAAUACGUACCAGUGCCCUCCGCCCCCAUACAGACAUGGGCACUAUAUAUACAAACCAGUGCUGCAUUUUCUUUUUCUCUGUAAUAAGAACUUCUUUUACUUGAUGCUGACUAAGCUAAUAUAUAUUCACAUUAAUCGCGUAA